AUGUGCGACCGUACUCCUAACUUUGUUGUUGGUAAUGCUUCUGAAGGAAGAACUGGCUGUGUAAAUGAACGUUCACAACAUAAGAAAGAUAUGCAAAAGUUCUGGAAGGGGGCAAUCAAAGAACGUGAAAAAGAAAAUCAACUUGCCAUCUGGAAAAAAGGGAAGAAACGAAGACUUACCGAGCUGGAGUUAUCAGCAAUACCUCCACCAAUAUAUUAUCCUGACUUAGAUAAAAGCACUACAACUACUCCAUCUCCAGUAAAGAAGUUAACUCUUUAUCAAUUUGACCUUUAUAUUAAACUAUAUCCACGUCCAACUUUUAAAAGUUAUGAUAAAUCAUAUGAUAUCUCAAAUGAAGAAGCUGUAAGAGGAGCUUUAAAGAACAAUAGACCUAAAAACAAACCACGUGCUCUUUAUAUCUCUCUUACAAUAGAAAUAGAAUCAAGGAAUCCAUCAAUCUUCCAGUGUUAUUCUUAUAUUCAACAUCUGUCUAGAUCUGAUACUGAAUAUCCAAGUCUAAAAGAAAAAUCACCUUCAUCACUAUCAAUUUUUUAUGAAAAUGAAACUUUAAAAUCCACCUAUUAA